AUGAGUUUCGGCAUUGGCGUGGGGGAUGUUCUCGCGACUCUCAAACUCGCCGAUGAAUUGAAAAAGCGGUUCGCGCAAGCUCCCAGUGAGUUCAAAGCUAUUUUUGGAGAAAUUAAAAGUCUGUGGGCCGUCCUUCACGAUCUCAAUGAUAUUCCAAAAGAGGGCCUCAGUGUGCACCAGAGGAGCGAGAUGGAAUCAAUUGUUCAAAAAGGGCGCGAGGUGCUUUUAGAAAUUGAAGACAAGCUGAGCAAAUACAAUGUCCUUGCAUUUAAGACUUCGAGCUGGAAGAGCAAUGCUCUUCGGGCAUGGAGCCGAAUCAAGUGGGACCCCGCUGAAGUCAACAGCUUGCGGAAUCGCAUUAUGUCUUGCAUUUCCCUUUUCAAUUUGGUUAUGGGGAACAUUAAUCAGGAUCUGACCCUGGAGAUUGGUGCGGAGGUCCGUUCCAUAAAGGGCAAUCAGGACGCUCAGCUACGCAAUGAAAUGCUCGCAUUCAUUUAUCCGAUCGACCCCUCGGAGCGACAGCGCAAAAUACUCAACAUGCGGCAUGAAGGCGCAGGGAAAUGGCUACUAGAAAGUAAGGAGUUCCUCCUCUGGGUCGCCAAUGAAAAGAAGAAGGCUUUUAUGCUCUGCACUGGAGUUCCCGGGGCUGGCAAGACGGUUCUUGCUUCUAUCAUCAUUGACCAUCUUGAGAAAAAGUAUGCCAACGACGAGAGUAUUGCGGUUACUUAUCUAUACUUCGACUAUCGGCAGCGUAUUGAAUUUCCGGACCUCCUUUCUAGUCUCCUCAGACAAUUGCUCCAGGGCAAUCCGGGACUGGAUGGAAUCAUCGCUGACUUGAACUUCCGACGCCGACACAAUCCUAGUCGUCUUUCUGAAACAGAACUUAAACAGGAACUUGAAAUGGCGAUAUCUCAGUGCAGUGAGGUGUUCUUUCUCAUUGACGCGCUGGAUGAAUGCUUGGAUGUUCGUGUACGACGUCAAUUCCUCAUCUGGAUUCGACACCUUCUCAAUUCCAACGGCCAUACGAAGAUUAAGGUCCUUGCCACCACGCGGCACGAGGAUCAAUUUGGCCAGUCCUGCUUCAGCAAUGAUCUCAACUUGGAAAUCAAAGCUAGCAGAGAAGAUGUGGCAAGCUUUCUCGAUGCAAGCCUGGAUUAUCUCCCGCCGUUCAUUCAGAGGAAGCCCGAGCUCUGGCAAUAUAUUCGUAAUCAGAUCAUUGAAUCCGCUGGGGGAAUGUUUUUACUUGCCCGUCUCUAUUUGAAUCUACUAUUGGAUGAAAAGAAUGAGAAAAGAGUUCGAACACUAGGCAGCCAGCUCAAAUCUGGCUCAGGGGCAUACGAUCAUGCAUAUAACGAGACCAUGAAAAGGAUCGAGCAGCAAAGCCCGUUUUCUCAAGACCUUGCCAAGAGGAUACUAGGAUGGGUUACGUUUUCGGCACGACCACUUACCGCUGUCGAGCUGCAAGAUGCUAUUGCGAUCGAAAUUGGAGAGCCUGAGUUCGACGAAAUGAACAUAACAGAUAUUGGGGAGAUGAUCUCUGUCUGCUCCGGUUUGGUCGUCCUAGAUGAAACGAGCAACAUCGUUAAGCUUGGGCAUUUUACAGCUCAAGAGUAUCUGAAGCGCACGUCAAAGUCUUGGUUCACCGAUGUUAAUGAAUUCCUCACGAAUUCAUGUAUUACAUAUCUGUCGUUCAACUCUUUCGAUGAUUCUUAUUUGGCCCAAGGCGUCCCUCAAGUGCAACGAAAGGAGUUUCCGUUCUACCAAUAUUCGGCUCAUGAGCUAGGGACCCAUCUCCGUCAGAGCCUUGGCAAUGGCUCUCUCCUCUCUGCGUUUAUCAGAAACGACGCCAAGGCUUCUCGAUGCAUGCGAGAAAUGUUUGGUCUGUCAGGAACCAAAUGCAGCUUCAUGGGGCUACACCUUGCCUCACUAUUUGGACUUGAACAUGUCGUGGAGGGAUCCUCCCACUCUGGCAGCGAUCUCAAUGUCUGGGACUACCUUGGCCGCACACCUCUUACAUGGGCUGCAGCAUCUGGCAACGAGACAGUAGCUAGACUUCUACUUGCCCGGGGAGCCGAUCCUAACUCUGCUACACAAGAGAACUUUACCCCACUUUUCUACGCUGCAGCCUACGGUCAUGCCGAGGUCGUUGGACUUUUGAUCGAGGGGGGUGCCAAUGUCAAUUUUGAAAACAAAAGCAACGACACUCCGAUCUUCUUCGCUGCGAAAGGUGGCGGUGAAAUCCGAUUCGAUUCUAGGUCGCUAUUCAGCGUGGGUGAUCAUGCAUUGGUUAUAAAUUUGCUGCUCAGCGCGGGUGCUAAUCUUGACCACGCAAACAAUGGUCGUGAAACCCCCUUAUAUGCCGCAGCGGAGAAUGGCCAUGAGGCGGCUGUUGAAUUGCUAAUUGAGAGGAAAGCCAACAUCAACUCAUACCCUGCUCCUCUGGCCGCCGCAGCACAAAAAGGCCAUGUCAAAAUCACCAAACUACUCCUGGAAAGCGGUGCCAACACUCCAUUCUGUACUGGGGAUACAAACCUGCCGCGCUACUUUUAUGCGCUUUCUGGGUUAUCGAAUUCGAUUUUAUGUGACGAUGAAAGCUCUUUGGCAGUAGUACUUCGAGAAUGGUGUAAACCAAACUUUCAAGAUGAGUUUGGGCGAUUGCCAUUACACUGGGCAGCUUCACGAGGCGACAUCACUCUGGUACAGCGCAUUUUGAAUGCCGGAUGCACCCCGAAUCCCAAGGAUAAAUUUGGUAGAACACCACUAUUUGCGGCCGCUUGCAGGGAUAGAGUAAACGUGGUGAAAGUAUUGCUCGAACACCCCGACAUCGAGACCCAAGGUGAGGAUAAAUUGGGACUUACCCCCCUUCAAGAGUCAUUCAGAAGACAAAAGUCCUCUAGUAUACCCAGGUUCCUCUCAGGAUUCCCAGGAAGGGACAUUGCAGGACCUUUUGACAAGGUUGUCGAUCUUCUGAAAGUCAAGACUGGACUGCAAGAGGACUGUCUGCCCCAUCUCAUCCCUCCCUCGGCUUACAGCCAUUCUCUUCCUCAGGCUGCUUUCCGUGGACAUUGUGAUGUCUGUCUUAACAAAUUGGCAUACAGCUCACGGCAUUGUAAGAGCUGCAACAUGAUCACUAAGGACACCGCUUCUGGAUGCACUGUUGUGUACUGUCAUGUCUGCGUUCAGGGGAUAAAUGACUGUCCUCUUUGUGGGCAACCAUUUUGA